AUGGCCAUGGCCGCAGCACGUCCGCAGGGCGCUAGGCCCAUGCCUUCUUCCUCUAGCUCAGGAGGUAGUGCAGGUGGAGGCGGCAGUGGUGGAGGAGGCGCCGGUGCCAUGCCCUACUAUGGUCAAACCAGUCUCGCUUUCGCUCAACCUCCUCCUCCUCCCGCCAAAGAAGCCGCUUGGUACGAGUACGAGGAGCGAAUGCGUCCUUCCUACAUCCAACAACCUCCAUCGCGACCGCUUGCUCCUUCUACGCAGUACAACCAGCCAUACAACCAGAGGAUGCCUCCUACUGUCAGCCCAUCGGCGUACGCCAGUGCCAAUGCCUAUACCUCCCACGCACAUCCUUACUUGGCACCACAACAGCAACAAGCUUACCAGCAACCAAUCGUUCAGCGCGCUUCUCCUGCCUAUCAGCAGCCCGUGUAUCAACCCAGGCAAUAUACCCCACAACAGCCGCAGCAGCCUCAACGAUACCCUCAGCAAGCCGCUCAGUCGUCCAGACCGCCUCCUGCGCCCUCCGCAAAGUAUGCCAACCCGCAUCUCAACAGCGCUCCCUCUCGCUUCGCAAACAACCCUUCGUACCGCGACACGGAAGAACCACCUCCUCGCUCGACCGUUCAGGGCAGUGCCUUCAUGCACAAGGGUUUCUGGGAUAUUCUGUCGCUCGUCAACAACCAGGGUCCAUCGCAGAAUCGACUAGCUCCUCCCUCCUCGUCGCAGCGUCCCUCGUCUCCUGGCAAAUUCCGCGCCACCCUCAGCAAGGCCUCCGGUGCGCUUCGCAAGAACACCCAGGAUGCCUUCCAAGCCGGUCCCGAGUAUGGCGCCAACGCUGCUUACAUUGCGAAUGCCUCGCCUCGAGGUCCCAGCUCGCCGCGCAAGGAGCCAUCGGUGGCUGUGCCCGGUGCCUUCCCUCGUCCCUCGUUCUCUGCACCCUCGACGCACACGGCAAAUGCCUCUGCCAUCAGCACCGCCAUGAACUUCUUCACCCCUGCUAUUAUGGGUCCGAAAGCGCAAAAGAAGCGCAUUAGCGUCGACAUGGUGGGAGCACCACAAACGCAGACCUUUGUUCAUGCGGCUCAUGCCAGCGACGCAGAGCAAGCCGAGGUCAUCCUCCACCGAUGGGGUCGUGAUGGCGUGGGCAAAGUCGCAGAUCCGACGUGGGUCGAGCCCAUCAAGGAGGCCCUCCGACUGCAAGCAGCUCGAAACCAAGCCGAGGCCAUCGCUCAGGUGCAAGCUGCCAUGCAUCAGGAGAGUCUCAUCCGCGACAACCCUCGUCCGCUCCAGAUUGUCAACGGUGCACCCAGCCAGAUCUCGAUGCUCACCACCACAACCGCCACUGCAGGUCACAGCACACUCUCCAACAACACUCUUCGCCCUGAUGCGCCAGUGUCGCGCGGAGCCGCUCCCGCCUUGUCGCCUGCACGCGAGUCCAAGGCAUUUGCCGGGAUCGCCGAAGAGCCUCACUUCAGCGCCGAUGCUGAGCUUCAGGCGGCUAUGAACGCGCAGAUGCAGCUCUCUUCCCAGCCUGCUCAGCCGGUCUUCAGGCCUGCGGCACUUCGCACCAACACCGCCGGCACACUGCUCGUCAACCCUUCGCCUCCCGUCGCUCGCGAUGGCAACGUCGUGGCUCCAGACUAUAUGAUGUACCGUCCGCCCUCUCCCGGCGCUUCCAAUCGCAACAGCCGCAACAUCGACGGUCUCCCCUCUGCUGCUCCCAACGCCAUCAAUGCCAUGUUCGAGGCUCCUGCUCAGGCGGACGCAUACCAAGGCUCUGCCGAACGUCGCAACUCGAUGGUCAUCCUCGACAGCCUUCGCUCUGUCGACACGGCUGGCAUGACGGACCUCGCCGACUUUUCGCAGCCCAUCGGUGCAGCUGUGCGUCCUUCGCUCGAGACCGUCGAGAAGAGCGUGGCCGCCAAGAUCUACUUCGAGAAUCUCUACUACGGCAUCCUCAAGAAGCCCAAGGCGCGCGACACGCGACGAGCGGGACUCGAAGCCGAGCUCGCCGCGCUGCGCAUCCCCGAGCACAGCAAGGAGCAGAUCCGCGAGGCGUGGAUGGCCAACGAGACGCGCUACCUGCGCGACCUGCGUGCGCGCGUCAACAUCAACUCGUUCCUCAAGCUCAAGACCAUCGGUCACGGCGCAUUUGGUGUGGUAGCGCUCUGCAAGGAACGCCAAUCGGGCCAGCUGUACGCCAUGAAGCAGCUGCGCAAGGCUGACAUGCUGCGCAAGGGACAGGAGGGGCACGUCCGCGCCGAACGAGAUCUCAUGACGUCCGCCUCGGCCAGCGCUACCGCCAAGUGGAUCGUCAAGCUCGUCUACUCGUUCCAGGACGUCGACCAUCUGUACCUCAUCAUGGAGUUCAUGGGCGGCGGUGACUUGCUCAAUUUGCUCAUCGAGAAGGACAUCUUCGAGGAGGACUUUGCGCGUUUCUACGUCGCAGAGAUGGUGCUCGCCAUCCACGAAGCGCAUUCGUUCGGCUACAUCCACCGUGAUAUCAAGCCAGACAACUUCCUCUACACGUCCGACGGUCACAUCAAGCUCGCCGACUUUGGACUGUGCCAGUCAUUCCAUUGGGCGCACGAUGGAGCCUACUACGACCAGCAGCGCAAGAAUCUGCUCAAGAAGCAUGGUAUCGAUCUGGACGACUCGCACGCGGCUGCUGGCAUGCGACGCCCUGCCCAGGCGACGGGUCGUGCAGGCGGUGCUGGUCCCGGUCAAGCCGGUGCUGGUCUUUCCGACAAGGAGCUGAUGGAGAUCAUGGCCGAUCGCAAUGCCGAUGGCACGCCCAAGACACACGUGCUCACCUGGCGCGAGAAGAACAAGAAGAAGAUCGCCUACUCGGUGGUCGGUACCAACAACUAUAUGGCGCCCGAGGUGCUUCGCGGCUUGGGGUACGAUCAGGCGUGCGAUUGGUGGUCCCUCGGUGUCAUUGUCUUCGAGAUGCUCUACGGCUACCCACCGUUUGUAUCAAAAUCGAGGCAUCUGACGCGACAAAAGAUCCUCAACUGGAAGCAGACGUUGCGUUUCCCGCCGAAGCCCAGGAUCUCGCGCGAGGGACAAGACUUUAUCUCGCGUCUGGUCUGCGAGCGGGAAGAUCGGCUGGGCAGCACAGCCAGCGCAUCGGUCAGCCGACCCAACAGCUACCUCCAAAGUGCGCGACGAUCCGGUUUUGCCAACCAGGGUCCAUCCAGCGGCAGCGGUGGUGGGCUGCAGGAUGGCGUGGAGGAGCUCAUGUCGCAUCCGUGGUUCCGGGGCAUUGAUUGGGACAACUUGCAUCGGACGCGACCGCCGUUCCAGCCCGCGCUCAGCCACGCCGGUGACACGAAGCACUUUGAAGACGACAUCGAGGAUGCACCGCUGGCAGCACCGGGUGCGGCCGACAACCCGAACGCCGACCAGCCCAGAGACCCGAUGUUGAGGGACAGGGAGCAGGGCCCCAAGCUGCUCGAAAUGAGGAAGCAGCUCGCUUUUGUCGGAUACACGUUCAAAAGUCCCAAGGCAUUCGACCCGAGGGAGCAGCUGGCCGACGAGAGGAACGUCAUUGCUGCAGAGAAGGCGGCGGGCAUGACGCCGAGGGGCCGGACGAUGGAGCCCACCGAGAUGGGCAGUCGCAUCAGGAGCAUGUCGAUGUGA